AUGCCUGGAAUUUUGCCCAUGAAAGUGAUCAAAGUCGGCUCAAGCUGUCAGAGCCGCAUCGCCCAGGCUUGUGACCGCUGCCGCUCAAAGAAGAUACGAUGCGACGGCAUCCGCCCCAGCUGCACCCAAUGCACUAACGUCGGAUUCGAGUGCAAGACGAGCGAUAAGCUCAGCCGUCGCGCCUUCCCUAGAGGGUAUACGGAAUCCUUGGAGGAGCGCGUGCGCGUACUAGAGGCAGAGGUCCGCGAACUAAAGGAAUUGCUCGACGAAAAGGACGAGAAGAUUGACAUGCUAUCGCGUAUUCAUUCGCAUUCUCCAUCCGCGCCUUCUGCUGCAAGCCGACCAUCGACACUUUCACCUGCUUCCAAUGAAAUCCGGGAGGCAUCACAAGAGAAGGAUGAGACGUUUAAAGUGCAGCAGGCACCGCACCUGCUUGAUGAUCUGAACAACGAUUCGUUCUUCGUAGGCAACUCGAGUGGGCGAACACUUGUUGAGGCCUUCAAACAAAAAGCGCAAGAGACAGGCAGACUGUCGACUGAUAUCAACUCGAGUGUCUUCUUCGGCGCAGGCGCAAAGCGAACUCCCACUCAUUCUCAGCGCAUUGUUUCGUUCAAAGCCCCUCCCCGUCUCAUUUCAGAUCAAAUGAUCAACAUCUUCUUCCAGGAGUGGGCGCCUUUGUUUCCAAUCCUUCAUCGACCGGCAUUCCUUAUCCUCUACGAGCAAUAUGUUGCCAGUCCAGAUACCAUGAGCGACAAGAAGGCAAUCGCACAACUCAACCUCGUCUUCGGAAUCGCUGCGCUGUCCAGUGACCCACGCGAUGGUCAAGACAUUGAAUCCUUCGAAGCCCAAUGGCAGAGUGCUAUUGAAAGCUUCUUUAUGGAAAAUGACAUCACAACGCUGCAGUGCCUUAUCCUUGCCCAGAUUUUCUGCCUGCUGAGAGCUGACUACUCUCGGCUGCUCAAAUACAAGGGCUUGGCUAUAGGACUGUCACAACGUCUUGGCUUACAUCAGUCCCAGAAACGCUUUGCACUUGAUGCGCUAACUAGCGAAACUCGAAAGAAGGUAUUUUGGACACUAUACACGGUUGACUGUCUUUCCGCUGCACACCUUGGCCUCCCGAGGCUGCUCCGAGAGGACGAUGUGCACUGCGAGUAUCCGGUAGAUGCCGAUGACGAAUACGUCACCGAGAAGGGCUUCCUGCCGACCCUCCCGGGGGAAUACACCAAGCUUUCGAGCGCACUGGCACUCUUCCGCUUGUCACGUAUUCUCUCCAAGGUCAUCACGGAACUUUACCCCGGAUCUGCGUCACACGAAAUAUCUUUCCGCACUAUCGCAGCGCUUGCAGACGAGCUUGAGGACUGGCAAACUAACCUCGCGCCUCAUCUCAAGUUGACGUUUGCACAAGACAAGCCAAGUACCAAUGUGACCAGUAGCAGAGCCCCUGUGUUGUCCCUUGCCUACCACCAUAUCAGGGCGCUGGUGUAUCGCCCAGCAGUUGCUGCCAACCUUGGCGAUAGGGGUUCUUCGGCUGUAGUAGCCGUUGGCGAUGCCUGCAAGCACAUUGUUCAGAUCGUCGAGCUCCUAGACGAACGCAGGCUGAGCUUCUCGUUUUGUCUCAACCGGAAUGAGGUGCUUGUACAAGCAGGUUUUGGCCUCCUGUUUCAGAUGGUCAACAUUGCCCGCGAAGGCAAACUCAUCAGGGACAGCAACCGCCUUGUUUGCUCUGUCAUGGACAUGCUCGAGCAGGGAAACGCUGCUGGCUAUGUCGAGUUUCGGUGGGUGGGUUGUGACAUCGUAGCUGUCCCUCCUAUGGAGCCGAUGCCAGCACCCCCUCUAUCGCGACACAACUCUGAAAGCCAUAUGGGAGCACCUUUGGACACCUUCCGUGCUACCCACAAGUCACUCAAGGCCCUUGCAGCGCGGUUCUCGCCAAGUGCGAUGAAGACUUCUCGUCAGGAAGCUCACGAGCCUCGUCGAGCAACCCUUCCUGCCAUCUCACCCAAUCUGGCCGUACAUGCCAACCCAUCGUCUACAAGCCUAUCCUCCAUACAAUCAGAGCCACCUGUGGCCCGCUCAGAACCAACACUGAGCCCUCUUUCGCAUCGUGCAUCCUUCUCCAUGCCUAACAAGCGUCGAACAAGUCAGUCAGCCAGCCAGCAGCAGCACCAGCAGCAACAGCGACAGCAGCAACAACGCAAUAUCGACUACCUAUCUUUUGCUAGUGACCCAUCGGCGAGUUAUGCUCUUCAGAAUGGCCCAAGCAUCAAGACCGAAGUCUCAACAUCGGACUGGGAGCGUAUGCUCUCAUCGCUAGACAAUGGCCAAACAAACAUCUACGACACCAUCUAUGGAGGCCCACGAGCCGACGCACUUUUGGAUGUUGCUCCCUUAUCCGCAAAUGCCACGUGGUCACCCACUGUCUGGAACUGGAGCAGCUACAGCUCUGAAGCCCCGCCACCACAAAGUGUUCUCAGCUUUAGCGACGAGAGCCUUACGAGCGGCGAAGAGUUUGGCACCGGUGCUUGCGAUUACGGUUCGACGCCUGGUAGCGAUCGACUGUACCCUGGCAUCAUGAUUCCUGGAGACUACGACACCACGGCGAAUCUAGCAGCGCUCGAUGGAGCUUAUUGCGGUUUGUAA